UUUCACUACAAUUCAAACUGCCGGAGAUGCAAUUCAACCAUUUCUUCCAUUUUUUUCACAAGUCACAGAUAUUGUUAAAUCAUUAUUACAAACAAAUGAAUCUGCAAAGUGUAAUCAAAAAAUUUGUUUAGCUUUAAUUGAUCGUGUUGAAAUUGCUCAACAAGCUGUAAAUUCUUUACAAAGACAACAAUUAGCAAAUGAAAAACUCUUUCGAGAUCAAGAUUAUUAUUAUGCUUGGGUUAGAUUUAUAACGGUUUUAGAAAAUAUUAGAAAAUUUGCUAAAGAGGUUACUCAAUUAUCAAGUUUACAAAAAUAUAUAAGUGCAAUGACAGUUAAAGAAGCUUUUGAUAAAAAUAUUAAAGAAUUUGAAGACAAUAUGGGCGAUAUAAGUUCUGAUAUCAGAUUAGUAAUGAAAGAAUUAACCCAGUUAUCAACAAAUAUAGGUGAAUUAACUAAACAAAUAGUUAAACCUGAAAGUGGUUCCAUGGGUACAGAGGAUACCGCAAAAGUAAAAUUAAAUAAUGUAUUUAAAGCACCUAAUAUAAAUCCAGCUGAUCUUGAACCAUAUCCAAUUAGUAAAGAAUCUGGAAAAAAUAUCAUUAAAAGAGUUUAUAGAGGUGUUGAAUAUCUUUAUGAUAACUAUGUUCCUAAGGGUACUUCUCCAAAAGUAUGUCCUAAAGGUGAAGGUGAUGAUAUUCCCGGUUUUGAUCUUACUGCUACAAUAAACAACAAUCAAAGAUCAAAAAACGACAAUAGAGAAAGUACCUAUUUACCUGAAGAUA